AUGGCUCGUGGCUCUAAUAACAAUCGUCCUCCCCAAGCUGAUGCUUCCUCUGGUUCAUCAGCUUCCAUGGAUGACAGUUCUAGUCUUUAUUUUUUACAGAGUGGUGACCACCCUGGGUUGAUUUUGGUCUCCCAUACACUCUCUGGUUCCAAUUUUCAUUCUUGGCGUCGCGCCAUGCUUUUGGCUUUGACUGCCAAGAACAAGUUAUCCUUCAUUGAUGGUUCCCUCCUUCGACCUCCUCCAACUGAUUUGCUGUUUUCCGCUUGGAUUCGCUGCAAUUCCAUGGUUAUCUCAUGGAUUCUUAACUCAGUAUCCAAGGACAUUGCUGACAGUCUUCUUUACUUCUCCAAUGCUUAUGAGGUUUGGACAGAUCUGGCUACACGCUUUUCUCAAGCCAAUGGUCCCCGUAUUUUUCAGCUGAAGCAACAGAUUUCUCUUCUCAGUCAGGGACCGCUUGAUGUCAGUGCUUAUUAUACCAAGCUCAAGGCCCUUUGGGACGAGCUCCAUGAAUAUCUUCCCUUACCUACAUGCACCUGUGGUGCCCUUCGCCAGAUCGCCCUUCAACGCGAACAGGACCAUGUUCUUCAGUUUCUCAUUGGCCUCACAGAAUCAUUUUCUUCAGCUCGUGCCCAGAUCUUGCUUUUGGACCCGUUACCUUCCCUUGCCAAAGUUUUUUCCCUCAUACUUCAAGAGGAACGUCAAUGCCAAAUCUCCCUUUCCUCGCCUUCCUCUGCCAUUUCAGAAUCACCUCUCCUCAAUUCCACCACCGCUAUUUUACCCACCCCACCCCUUACAGCCGCUGCUAAAGGCCGCUCUAAACCUUACUGCACUUAUUGUCAUCUUUCGGGCCAUGUUCGCGAAAAAUGCUUUAAGUUGCACGGUUAUCCCCCUGGCUAUAAGCCCACCCGAAACCCUAGGCCCAAUAUCCCCUCAAGCCCACUUUCUUAUCCUCGAGCCCAUUUUAUUCACUCAGCCUUCCCACAUCACAGCUCACACUCAUCUCCACCCAGCUCUUUGACACAUUUCCCUUCCUCGGUCAACCAUGGCCCUCCCACCGCCGAUCCUCCUUUGGCUUUCACCCCUACACAGUACAACCAGUUACUUACUCUUCUUCAACAGAGUUCUGCACCGUCGUCUCCCUCCUUGGCUCCUUCGUCGGCUUCUUCUGUCACUGAGUCGUUUCCUUCCGUCGCGAGUUUUAAUGGUAGGACCUCUGUUUCCAUCCCUUCUUCUUCCUGGGUAUUGGACACUGGUGCGACGCACCAUGUUUGCAUCUCUUCCUCUUUAUUUGUUUCCUCCUCCCCUUCGUCUUCUUUUGUUAGUUUUCCUAAUGGAUCUCUUACUCAUGUUUCCGCUGUUGGUUCCGUUUUUGUCACUGAUUUUUUGAAACUUUUUAAUGUGCUUUUUGUUCCCUCUUUUCAUUUUAAUCUUCUUUCCAUUCCUUCCCUUACUCGCGAUUCUCCCAUCAUCGCUAAUUUUUUACUACUCACUGUUUUCUUCAGGAUCGUGCAACCUCCAAGAUGA